CUUGGGGGUCGCUCUCACCCGCUCGCUCGUUGUGUGUGAGCGUGGGUGGGGCUGAGUGGUUGUGGGCGAGUUGGCAGCCUUCGCCCUGGGCCGGGCUGGGGUUUGCGAGCGAGCAGCCAGUCGAGAUCAGCCUAUCGAUCUGAACGACCUCGACCUCGACGAUUACGACCUCACCCUUGAACCUUUCGAUACCGGCAAGUAACUUCGACAAGCGGACAAAAAACAAAAUGGCUUCUUCUCGUCUCUACGUCAAGGCUCGUGUUCUCGGUCACAAGCGAGCAAAGAGGAACUCGCGACCCAACACCACUCUCGUCCAGAUCGAGGGCGUUGAGAACAAGGAGGCCGCUCAGUUCUACCUCGGAAAGCGUGUCGCUUACGUCUACAAGGCCAAGAGGGAGAUUGCCGGUUCCAAGGUCCGAGUGAUGUGGGGACGUGUCUCGAGGCCUCACGGAAACUCGGGUGUCGUCAAGGCCAAGUUCUCGUCCAACAUGCCCGCCCACUCUUUCGGUGCCAGCGCCCGAAUCAUGCUCUUCCCUUCCACCAUCUAAGCAAGCGCUGCGAGAUGGAGUGUUUACGAGCAUGCGUGGUCCUUUGAACCUGGACGCCUGGGAUGAUCUGCGCCGGGAGAGACGAGGACGUUGGGGAGGGAUGUCCCCCGGGAUGUUUUUUGGGGGGUUGUAUAGCGAACAUAUAUACUACAUGCUCCCUGAUGGUAUCACACGGAACUUUGGAGAUACGAUAUGACGUGCGUGACGGUCGUCUUGAAUGGCGAGGUCAACGAAGCAUGCAUAAGUGC